UGCAUCUGACCGCUUUAAAAACCCUCCUUACCAUCCGAUUCAGUAUAUUUUCCACUGGUCGAGAGGAUGAAAGCUCGGGUGUGUUGCUCGUUGAUUGCUGUUUUGUUGUGUCUCUCGGUUUACUUGAGCACAACAGACGCCAAAAAACUGGUCACAGCAAAACCAGGAGUGUGUCCUAUAUACAAUCUUGAUGGAGCAGUGUUCAUAGCAUGUUUGGAGUUGUGUUCCCGUGACGGUAACUGUCCGAAUGAUGAGAAAUGCUGCAGCAAUGGAUGUGGACAUCAGUGUAUGCCUCCAUAUAAAGUAAAGCCAGGAGUGUGUCCAAGGAGAUUCCUUGGAGUAGGAUUGUGUAAAGGGUUGUGUGUCAAUGACAUUGACUGUCCGAAAGAUGAAAAAUGCUGCAGUACUAAAUGUGGACGCAAAUGUACACAUCCAUAUAAAGUGAGGCCUGGUCUAUGUCUCAAACCAAAUGUGUGCUGAUAACUCUUCCCAUGAUCCGUAUCCUGCCAGACAGAAGUGUUGCCUAACCACCUGUGUAUGCACCGAACCAUGCCAGUUUGGCCAUCGGGAAAAAGUCCUUGAUUUGUUCACUGUGUUUUUCUUUUUGUCCAUGCUAUACUUGAUCUUUUCAAUUCAUUAAAUCUCAUAGCUUAGUGAAA